CUCAUCGCAUCGCGUUUCCACCAAACAGCACCAUUCAGUUUGACCCCAGUUAGCAAAAACUGAGUUUCCACUGCAGGGUAUGUAUACAUGGGCAAAUGGCGGCGUACCAUCGCAGCAUGAUACAUUAAAAAAUAGCCAGUUGCAUUUCUUUUAGAUGAGAAUGAUGAAAAUAGUUAGGUUGGAUGCAAUUGAGUAGGUCAGUUUUAUUAAAACCGAUCGCUCUUACGCUUCAUUUCACACUGAAGUUGGUGAGCCACGGUGGUAAAUUUGGGUGGAGGUUACCAAAAAAACGGGGUUACACUCAGCUCAUUGUUUAAUUUGUUGCAUCGCUCUCGCUACGCUUUGAAAGAGUUCGGCAAAAUGACGCAACACAGGCGUUUGCUUAUGUGAAGCAUUAAAGGCUUUUUGUACAGUCGGGGGCAUCGGCGUGACUUCGCACUUCGAUGUGGAUCCCUGGCGACGUAUUCCACUGACAGCCUCGUGAAUUAAAUUAGCAAUUGAACAUUGCAUUGAAUUUUGGGGUGCUGUUGUGUUGAAGACUUUAGUGCACAAUGGUAUACAAAAUGAAUCACGGUUUUCUUUAAUAUCCUAAAAAGUAGUCAUUUUGGAGGUCACAUUUAUUUGUAUAGUCUUUCAUAACAAGAGGGUCUGAAAGGGCCUCACAAGAACAGGGAACAUCCCCAGAUCUGAAAACCUUAUUUGGGGAGAAAAGAAGGGACCACAGAUGGACGGACGGGCAAGGAUUCCACCCAACAGUGGCAGUAAAUGCGUCACGGAUCCCGGGGUGCGACAUGUCGAGGUUCUGGCCAGUCUGCGAUCGGUGCGGAGCAAUUUCACCAUCCUCGCCAACGUCUCCACUCCGACAGUCAAGAGGUCGCCACUGGGUGGGGUGUGCGUGAGUCCCAGGGCCACGCUGUCGGACCAGCAGUACCAGCAGCUCGCUCUGGACACGCUGGAAGAAUUGGACUGGUGUCUGGACCAGCUGGAAACCAUCCAGACUCACCGCUCAGUCAGCGAGAUGGCGUCCAACAAGUUCAAGAGGAUGCUGAACAGAGAGCUGUCCCACCUCUCUGAGAUGAGUCGCUCCGGAAACCAGGUGUCAGAGUACAUCUCCAGCACUUUCCUGGACAAGCAGAACGAAGUGGACAUCCCUUCCCCGACCCUGAAAGACAAGCCGAUGAGUCAAAUUAGCGGCGUGCGGAAACUGUCGCACAGCUCCAGCCUCUCCAGCGCCUCCAUGCCUCGCUUCGGGGUCAACACGGACCACGAGGAGGAGCUUGCCAAGGAGUUGGAGGACAUUGACAAGUGGAGCUUCAACAUAUUCCAAGUUGCCAAAUUCUCCAACAACAGACCUCUCAGCUGCAUCAUGUACACAAUCUUCCAGGAGCGAGAGCUGCUGAAGACCUUCCGCAUCCCCGCCGACACCUUCGUCACUUACGUGAUGACCCUGGAGGACCAUUACCACGGCAACGUAGCGUACCACAACAGCCUCCACGCCGCCGACGUCACGCAGUCCACUCAUGUGCUCCUCUCCACGCCGGCCCUCGACGCCGUCUUCACCGACCUGGAGAUCCUCGCCGCCCUCUUCGCCGCCGCCAUCCAUGAUGUGGACCAUCCGGGGGUCUCCAAUCAGUUCCUCAUCAACACCAACUCGGAGCUGGCGCUAAUGUACAACGACGAGUCGGUUCUGGAGAACCACCACCUGGCGGUGGGCUUCAAGCUCCUGCACCAGGACAACUGUGACAUCUUCCAGAACCUCACCAAGCGCCAGCGGCAGAGCCUCCGCAAGCUCGUCAUCGACAUCGUUUUGGCCACAGACAUGUCCAAACACAUGACCCUGCUGGCAGACCUGAAGACCAUGGUGGAGACGAAGAAGGUGACGAGCUCUGGCGUCCUCCUGCUGGAUCACUACAAUGAGCGCAUUCAGGUCCUGAGGAACAUGGUGCACUGUGCCGACCUGAGCAACCCCACCAAGACCUUACCCUUGUACCGGCAGUGGACGGAGAGGAUCAUGGAGGAGUUCUUUCGCCAGGGCGACAAGGAGAGGGAGCGCGGCAUGGAGAUCAGCGCCAUGUGCGACAAACACACCGCCUCGGUGGAGAAGAGCCAGGUGGGUUUCAUCGACUACAUCGUCCACCCGCUGUGGGAGACGUGGGCCGACCUGGUGCACCCCGACGCCCAGGAGCUUCUGGACACGUUGGAGGAGAACCGCGAGUGGUACCUGACCACCAUGCCUCAGUCACCGUCGCCUCCGCCAGACAGACACUUGCAGCAUGACCGCUUCCAGUUCGAGAUCACGUUGGAGGACCUGGAGCACAACAACCACAACCACGUGUGCACGAGGAUCGGCGGCGGGCAAGUUGCGAGUGAGAAGGAAGAUGAGAAGAACCACAACAGGGAGCAGAACGGCGUGAGUGACGACGAAGAAGAGGCUGGGGAAAAGGAGGCAGAGGAGGACGAGGAAGAAAUCCCUGCAGAGGAGCAGGUAGAAGACGAGACGGGCGACACCGAAAAGGAAGAGGAAGCGGAGGAUGAGGAGACUAAAGGAGGGGAGAGUGAAGAUAAUUUGGAUGAAAAUGGAGCCCAGGAGGACGGAGGGGAAAAUGAGGACGCGGGAGUCGGGAAUGUGCAGGAGGAAGAGCAGGAAGAAGGGAAUGUGGAGGAAGAUGGAGGAGAAGGGGGGGAUGGUGACGAGGAAGAUGCAGCAGAAGGGAAUGCGGAGGAAGAGGAUGUUGCAGAAGGGAAUGUGGAGGAGGAGGAAGAUGAAGGAGAAGGGAAUGUUGAAGAGGUGGAAGAUGAGGCGGCAAGGAACGAGGAGGAGGAGGAGGCGGCAGGGGAUGGAGAGGAGGAGGAGGAAAAAGGGAAUGAGGAGGACCAAGAGGGAGAUGCCGGAGAAGAAGAGGAAAAUGAUGCGGAAGAGGAAGGGAGCGCUGAAGAGGAAGCAAACGGGGAAGAAGAGGACAGUUAGUGGGGCGUACGAGGCAAAACGAGGUCAGCGAGAAAAUGCGGAUGAAAAUGCGCCGUUUGGCGAGAGCCAGCCUUGUCACUCACGU